CAUAAAAAUGGAUUCAAAUGAAUCAGGUGACAGCACAUCAAGAUACACGACCCAUUCGAAUGUGAGAUUCUCUUUUGCAUUAAUUUGUUUACUGGCAUCACUUCUUGGAAAUGCGUUGGUUAUCUGCUCCAUUUAUCGUUUUCAUCAACUUCGUUCCUGUUCCAACCUAAUUAUUUUGAAUUUGAGUGUGGUAGAUGUGCUUUUCACACUUAUCGUGACUCCGAUAAACGCCUUUUACUGGUCUCAAGACAAAGAAUCUUUUGAGGCUGCUGUUUGCUGCAUCACAGGUGUUUUAUCCUAUUUGUUCUCCGUAGUCUCGAUCUACACCUUGGUUUUCAUCAGUAUCGAAAGAUUCAUGGCAACUAAUCAUCCGGUGAGACACAGGCUGGUAUUCAACAAAAGAACAAUUCAAAUUGGCAUCUCGAUAAUUUGGAUAUGGUCCGGAUUUCUUUGUGGUCUGCCUUUCGCCCUGUCCAGAUACGUGUAUGUUAAAGAGUAUUUCCACUGCAUGGUUGACUGGUCUGGCAGUAUGACAUGCACGAUACUAUUCUUCAUAUGUGCAUAUUGUUUACCUGUCUUGACUUUAACAUUUUGUAACAUAUUUGUUUUACGAGCAGCGCGAAUUGGCCAUCGAAGUCGAACUAGCCCUUCAAAUUCUCAAAACAGCAACAGAGCGUCAUUUUUUAUCGUCGUUAUUGUGGUUACGUUUGUAAUUUGUUGGACGCCGUAUGCCAGUGGAGGAAUAAUAGUAUUGCUCCGCAACAACAGUCUACCAAGGGAGUUCAUGUCAGCUGCAGUAUUGCUCACAAUAGGAAAUGCCUCGUUCAAUCCCGUUAUUUAUGGAGUCAUGAAUAAAAACUAUCGCGAAGCUUUUCGAAAAAUUUUGUGUCCACGGAAUUCGCAUGUUCGGCCUAUAUGAUGCAAUUUGAAAUAGGAAAGCGAUAUCGCGAAGCUUUUCGGAACAUUUUGUAUCCACUGAAUUUCCGUGUAUACCCUACGGCCGUUUUACGUUCUUUACGUUGAGCAUCUUGUAUGAGAAUGGUUAGAAUAGCCAUAGCCAGCAUAGGAACAGAAAUUUGUUUUCAUAAUAGUUUGUCGUGAUGCAUUAGGACUAAUUCUAGUCCACUGAAUGAACUAAUUUAAAUGAACUGUAAGAAUUUUUUGUUGCACACAAAAGAUACAACCUUUUAUUUCUGCCAACCUUUCAAAGCGCUGUAUUAUAUAUUUUUAAUGAAGAUUCAUUUAUAACAUGUAGUUGAUGUUUAC